CCAGUUUCCUGUUAGCUGACUACAACCGCCUCCUAUUUUUGUCCUACCUGUCUCAUCCUCAUUUCCAUCGAUAUCUCCUACUUUCCGUAUCCCACACGACCAACAAAUUCCACCUAAGAUAUUGGCCGUUAUGGCUGACGGCAACGGCAAUAUGGAGACUAGUGAGAUAUCCUUUCGACACUUGCCACUAGAAAUCGUACGUCUAGUCCUGGAGCACCUCAGGGGCGAUGAAACCUCCCUACGAGCAGCGAUCUUAGUGGACAGGACCUGGGCAGCAGAGGGAAUCAGUAUCCUUGGCAAAACCACCUGCUCCAGCAUUGGCCUUGCUUGCGAGUAGUCGCCGUCAAUACUAUGCGAGCCAGGUCCGCAUCCUCACUGCCCACGAGGCACAACAUGAAAUUUUUCGUUCCUUGGAAUUCCCGAGGCUACGAUCCGUUAUGAUUGUAUUUGGUUGCCGAGAAGACAAAGAGCGAAUGUGUGUCAGCUCC